CAAUAAUGGCAGAUCUUGAGUUGAACGGCCUUGAAGAAAAUCGGGAAAAGGGAGUGAAAAUCAAGCGGCUUUACCUGGUAAUUUUCCUGUUUCUUUUCAUAACCAUUCCAGUUGGCUACUACUUUUGAAUAGAAUAGAAGUCACAGAAACGAUCUUUAUAUGAUCGAUCGUGAAGAGUGGGGAGCUAAGGAACCCAUAUCCAGGGACUAUUUAAAUCUGCCAGCUCAAAACGUGGUUAUUCAUCACACAGCAACUGAGCAGUGCCAAUCGAAGGAUGAUUGCAUACACCGCGUGCAUACUCUGCAAGACUUCCACAUAAGGAUCAGGGAUUGGCAUGAUAUUGGCCUAAAUUUCCUUGUGGGCGGCGAUGGAGAGAUUUAUGAGGGGCGUGGCUGGGAUGUACGAGGUCAGCCAUUGAGGGGUUUCGAAUCCGUAUCCAUUAGCAUUGCAUUUAUUGGAACUUUUACAAAUGUGGAGCCACCAGAGCAACAAGUGGAGGCUUUGAAACGACUCAUGCACGACGGAGUUCGGCGAAAGAAGUUGCAGCCAAAUUACAUGAUCUACGCUCAGCGUCAAUUUGAGCCCACUGAAAGUCCUGGCCAGAAACUUUACGAGCUUAUGAAGCAGUGGCCCCGCUGGUCAACCAUUAUGAAGCACAUUCAUUAAAUGCCUAACUAACUUUAAUAUAAUUGUUACUAAAUUUUUAGAAAAAAUUAAGAGAAACGCAUUUUUGGUGUAUUAAAAAAAAUACAUUCUUUUGGAAAAAUUACUUUGCCUCCUGACAGGCAAAUACAGUAACAUUUAACAAUUAAAGACACUAAAAAUAAGAUUAAUUGCAUAAUAUUUUCAGACUUAAAGAUUUUCGCUGCCGGAUUACAUGUCAAUACUGACCUUCAGAGGAAUAUCAUUUUUUUUCAAAUAAAAUUGACAUAAACAUCAUAAAGAAAGAAUAUAUAUCAGCUGCCAUUAAACAAUUUUCACUUUUAUUUAAGAAUUUAAGCCUGCUUCGAAAGGCGUUCAGGUCUCCUUCUUAAGAUAAAGUUACUUAACAUGUUUUCAUUAUUUCAGCAACCAAAAUCAAAUA